CUCGAGAGUUGUGCGCUCGCACGAAACACGCGGAACAGAGCCGCCUCCGAUCGCGUGCAUAACACUUUAUAAACACCUUAUAAAGCUCCAAAACUCGCGCAGACCCACCGGACACGCGCUGAACGGGCUUCGCGCGUCCGCACAAUAGGAGAAAAAUAGUUUUCGAUGAAGAAAAAGCGAGUGUAAGCACGUCUCGCGCUGAUGUUUUGGAUUCUCAGCCGACAGAUUUGAGGAAUCUGAAGACAAAGUGUGUGUGUGGCGGGGCGUGUGUUUGAUGACAGACAGUUGAAUGUGUGUGUGUGUGUGUUUGUGGAGAGAUGAAGAUCGAGUUCGCUCCUCUGCGUCUUCCUCUGCGCAGGCGUCUGCAGACAGCUGCGGUCGUGCAGUGGGUCUUCAGCUUCUUAGCUCUGGCUCAGGUGUGUCUGGCGGUGUUUGUCCUCCUCUGUCUCAGUGAUUGGUGGAUUCUGGCGGCGCUGUAUGUUGGUUGGCUGUAUCUAGACAGGGACACGCCCUCGUGCGGAGGUCGGAGGUCGCACUGGGUCAGGAACUGGCGUGUGUGGACGUAUUUCAGGGAUUAUUUCCCCAUCACACUGAUGAAGACGGCGGACCUGGACCCUCGUUACAAUUAUCUGUUCGGGUUUCAUCCUCACGGCGUGCUGGUGGCCGGCGGAUUCGGGAAUUUCUGCACGGAAGCGUCGGGAUUCUCUCGGAUGUUCCCCGGACUCACGCCGUACCUGCUGAUGCUGCCCUUCUGGUUCAGAGUUCCCUUCUUCAGAGAAUACAUCAUGGGCGGAGGGCUGGUGUCCAGUGAGAAGGCCAGUGCGAGUUACCUGCUGAGUCGUCCAGGUGGAGGUCAGGCGGCUGUGAUCGCGGUGGGCGGAGCUCCGGAAUCACUGGACGCUCGACCCGGAGCCUUAACCCUCCAGCUGCUGCAGCGCAAGGGCUUCAUUAAACUCGCCCUCAAACACGGUAGACACUAUGUCUAUGUAGAGUCCCCAAAAACCAUGGAAACACAACGUGUGUGUUACAUGGAGCCCCCCCCCCCCCCCAAUUUCGUGGCUUUGCCUCUCUUUCACGCCAGAGGAGUUUUCCAGUACAGCUUCGGUCUGCUGCCGUACAGGAAGCCCAUUCACACCGUGGUGGGACGUCCCAUUCCUGUCUCUCAGAACCCGUGUCCCAGUAAAGACGACAUCGACGCUCUGCACACUCUCUACAUGGAGGCUCUGACGCAGGUGUUCGAAGAGAAUAAAAACAACUACGGCAUCCCAGAGGACAAACACCUCAACUUCAUCUGAACUCUGGACGAACUGUCACUACGAGAACACAAUAACACUAGUCACGGCAUGACAAUUUGGUUAUGCAAAUAAAACAGCGGUGCAUUAUGGGAGCUGCACUCUUCCUUAUUUUGCUACUGUACUUGUACACGUUACUGAUAGGCUGGAAGAUGUGCAUUUAUAAUGUUUAUUAAAGAGCUGGUUAAGUGGGUUACUUCG